AUGGGACAUGGCGUGACGCCGUUGGAGGGCCCCGUGAGGCGUCCGCGGUUUUGCGGGGAAGAAGAAAAUGAACCCGCUGGAAUAGCUGCCGCCAGCCCGUUCGUGCUGGACGAGUUGAAGCGCGAGUACAGCCACACGGACACCCGCACGGUUGCUGCGCCGUACUUCUUCCAGCACCACGAUGCCGCCGGCUGCAAGACUUUGCGGUGCCGCCACAAAUACAAGGAGGAGAACAAAAUGCAGCGCAUGGAGCACGUGUGUGAGUAUUGCGUGGCGGUGGCAUGCCGUAGGCUAUGGAAGAAGUGGAUGACACGGAGCUGUUGGACUGCGGGGGAGGAUGACGAGCUACGCGUGCUGCAGGUGAGCGCGGCAUGCCGGUGA